AUGGCUAUCUCUAGUUUGGGAAGGUUGAGUUUCAAUAGAAGUUCAUUUAUUGAGGUGAAGAACUUGUUAUUCAGAAAUGAUCAGGAAAAAAUUGACUGUUUUAUGAGGUUUUGGGAUACUUUCACUUAUACUUACAUUACAUUGUUCAAAGUAUUGAGAUUUUAUAUUGAACUGAAGCGCUUGAGAAUUUCUUUAGGUUAUAGUGUUGCUCAUAAUGAAUUGGAUCAUCAGGAGGAAGUUUUGAUCAGAAUCAUCAAGUAUUUGAGAAAGAAGAGAGAAGAGUUUUUGUUAUAUCAUAGAUUCAACUCAUUCCGUGAUGCUGUGGCCAAAUUCAUAACUCCUCUUGAAAUGGUUAAUAAGGAAUUCAAACAGUUCAUUUAUAGUGAUUUGACAGCUGGUACCAAAAAUUUGAGCAGAAAUCUUAUGUUGGAUAUGUACAACUGUGAUCUGUCAUAUUUCAAGAAUAAGAUCAUUCCUUCCCUUGACUUGGUCAUGGAUCACCUUAAGGAUGUUGGAGGGAAAUCUUUACAAUUGAAUGUCUAUCUUGUUGGAUUAAACACCAUGGUUUUGAAUGACAGUUCACAAAAAAUUAAGAGAAUUAUUGGAUUGAAUCUGCCACUUAUUAAAAGUCUUUUAAGUAAUGAUAUUUCAAUCAGUACAUUUCAUGUCCAAAGAAAUGAGGUAUCAAUGAAAUUUCUUGAAGUUGAUGAAUCAAGUGAAGGUUUGUUUGGUGGUGAAACGUUUUUUGGUAGUCAGUUAGUUACACUUGAAGCUUUCCAAAAAAUUAUCAUCUCCGACUCUUUAUGUAUUUUGGAAAAACUCAUGAGCUUGUUUACAUCAUUAAUCAACUCAACUCAAAGUUCAAUGGAUUAUUUUUUCAAGUUGUCAAGCUUUUUGGAAAUGAAUCUGGGGAAGUCUCUAAUUGAAUUUAGAGAUAUUUAUGCAAACCCUUUUGAAAUACAGGAAAAUCUGAGAUCUUCAAGCAUUGAAAUGUCAUCAACGUUGAAAUUGGCUAGUGAAAUGUUGAAUGAAUGUAAGGGUUUCAAAGAAUAUAUCCAGUUGAAAUUUUUAAUCGAAAUCGUUGAAGUGAGAUUAAAUGUUAUCAACACAACAUAUGGCCACAUUGUGGAAGUCCUACAAGCUACUGAAAAAGUUAAUGAACUUGAUCGUACUGAUAAGUUUCAGCAAAGAUUUAAGAUUGUUAUUGACUCAUUGAGCUGUGGAAUUUUGGGUCUUGAUGGUUCAAUUGACGAUGUUGUCAAACCUCUUGAAGGAAUAAAUUUAAAAAGAAUAUUCAGACCAACUUCUCAUCGGAAAAGGUCGCUUUAUACAUUAAUCUAA